AUGCGUAACAUCCCUGGACCACGCAGGACACAAUUCUCCAGCUGCGAUGCGUGCCGAAAUUCGCGUCUAGCCUGUGAUGCUGCAAGGGUAGGAUUUGAUCCAUCUCAGCCUGAUUGGGAUGGGUCUUGUUCAAGGUGCACUCGUCGGCGAAGACCAUGUACCUUUGAGUGGAUCAAGGAUGUAAAGAAGCCAGCCAGACAGCCUCGACGUAACAAGCGCGAGGCUUCGCCACCACGAGCAGCCUCAUCAUCCCCGGAAUCUGUUCGUGCCAGUGUCGAUGCUACCACAACAUCGGCUCGGACCAUCUUCCAGCCCUCCGCAGGGUACACACCAACUCAUUCGUCCGACUCAGGUGUCGCGGUCCCAAUCAUCAGCCCUCCAAGCAAUCCGCAAUUGCAUCCGGACAAUGUGAGCAGCUCGCUCGGAUCAUGGUUUCACCAAAUUUUCGAGUCCUGCUGGGAGCAGAUAUUUGGUUUCUGGCUGGGCCGUGACUGCUGUCCCUUCAUUUGGGAUCCCAGCUACGAUCUUAUCUUCCGCCCUUCCAAACUAUUUGCCGAACUCGACGCUGCGAUUGACCACGAUUGGGAAGCGCGCAACCUGGAAGAUGCUGCAGCUACACCACUCAGCCAGCGACUGGAGCGGAACUUCCAGAUUGAAGAUUCUCUGAAACUAGCCAUUCGAUCAUUUGCCUCGCCAUGGCUGCACCUCAUACCACAGCAGGAAUGGGUAGGUCUCAACCAGGAGGAUUUGGUCCGCGAAUCGUGGCGCGCAUCCCGGCGAGAUAUGCUCAAGGUCAUCAACCGUGUCUCUUAUCGCUCCGUCUUGACGCUUUUCCUUUUUGGCCUGACGCCGAUCCCUGUUGGGGUAUCCAGAGACGAAGAAGUCGACGGGAUCACGGGCCAGAUUUGCGUCCAAGUUGCAUUCCAACAAAUACAAAGUCUGCGUGAGCGUCAACGCAACUGUCAAUUCAGUGGUUCGAACGUGUCAUUUGGCAUGGCUCCUCUAGCCAAUUCCAAACCAAAGAGUUUCCCACUAAGCGAGGCAUUCUUGAACAGCGAGAGCCGAGCUUACUGGGGCGCGUUGACGUUCGACACAUCGGCUAGUCUUACUCUUAACUUUCGCUCGUCACUCUCGUCUGGCUUGCACGGGGUUGCGUCCGAGUCAGCAUGGCGAGUAUUACGCACCGGUGCCCAUUCCUUCCAAACGCGGACCAAAGAAUGGCGCACUUCAGCAUUCGAAGUCUCUGACGACACUGCCUCGCAGAUCAUUGCAGCUGCGGCAGCUUGUAAAGUGUUCGUAUGGAAGAUGAUUGCAAUCCUCAAAGAGGCACUCCGCGAAGGUGAUGAGGAAGAUAAAGUCCAGCAAGCUUGGGAUGCCUUCACGGAAGCUGCCGACAUAUACCAGGACACCUUUCGACCCUUGUUGAGCGCAUGUGAACGAAGACUUCAUUUCCUCAGCCAGGUGGAGCGUCUUAAUUGGUACGAGGUCAUGUUACAUUAUCACUUGGGCAUCUUGAUGCUAGUGGAUAACGUUGAGGCAGCUGAGCGAGAUGAUCUACUUCUUUUGUUGAAAGAAAAAAGACUCUUUGCCGAGCAAGAGAUUGUCAAUGCAUUGAAGUUUGGUCUGGAGAAUACUUUAACAAUAGGAGCUCCAGCGGACGAUUCCGAAUCCACAGAAGGUCCAUGUACAUUCACGGCCUCUUUUGUCCAACUCGACCCAUACCCGCAUCAUGUUGUUGCUGCAGUACAGCUCAUGAACAAAGUCAUCAGCCGAGAGCGCAGGCACGGAAAGAUGAAGCUUGAGGCGUACAAUUAUCUGAAAAGCACCUUGUUGAAGGCUCUAGACCAAUUACCACAAACUUCAAGGUCGGUGCAAGAGGCCCGACAAUAUAUCAACGUAGCUGUGCAGGAGCCGGAACAUCCGGGUGACAGCUCUGGCCUAACAAAAGCCGCUCUUUGGCCGUAG